AUGGAUUUCAAACAGCUGGACCGAUGGGCCGACCCGGUGCGGCGGAUGAGGGCGGUGCCGAGCCACUGUGUUAAGCCCGUGCCGAGUUCCCACUGCUGUUUUUUCCUUCGGCCAGGUUUGCGGAACGCCCCUCGCUGCUGGGACGCGAUCCAGCCCUUGCUCUGCGCCGUGUACAUGCCCAAGUGCGAGGACGGCCAGGUGGAGCUGCCCAGCCAGACCUUGUGCCAGGCCACGCGGGGCCCGUGCACCAUCGUGGAGCGGGAGCGGGGCUGGCCCGACUUCCUCAAGUGCACCACAGACCGCUUUCCCGAGGGCUGCCCGAACGAGGUGCAGAACCUCAAGUUCAACAGCUCGGGCCACUGCGAGGCCCCGCUGGUGCAGACGGACAACCCCAAGAGCUGGUACGAGGACGUGGAGGGCUGUGGCAUCCAGUGCCAGAACCCCCUUUUCACGGAGCACGAGCACCGCAACAUGCACCUGUACAUCGCUGCCUUCAGCUCCGUCACCAUCUUCUGCACCUUCUUCACCCUGGCCACGUUUGUUGCCGACUGGAAGAACUCGAACCGUUACCCGGCCGUCAUUCUCUUCUACGUCAACGCCUGCUUCUUCGUGGGCAGCAUCGGCUGGCUGGCGCAGUUCAUGGACGGGGCCCGCGGCGAGAUCGUGUGCCGAGCCGACGGCACCAUGCGGCUGGGAGAGCCGACCUCCAACGAGACGCUCUCCUGCGUGAUCAUCUUCGUCAUCGUCUACUACUCGCUGAUGUCGGGCGUGAUCUGGUUCGUCAUGCUGACCUACGCCUGGCACACCUCUUUCAAAGCGCUGGGCACCACCUACCAGCCGCUGCUGGGCAAGACCUCCUACUUCCACCUGGUCACCUGGUCCAUCCCCUUCGUCCUCACUGUCGCCAUCCUGGCCGUCGCCCAGGUGGACGGAGACUCCGUCAGCGGCAUCUGCUUUGUGGGCUACAAGAACUAUCGGUACCGCGCUGGCUUCGUCCUGGCUCCCAUCGGCCUGGUGCUGAUCGUGGGAGGCUAUUUCCUGAUCCGAGGUGUCAUGACUCUGUUCUCCAUCAAAAGCAACCACCCCGGCCUGCUGAGCGAGAAAGCUGCCAGCAAAAUCAACGAGACCAUGUUACGGCUGGGCAUCUUCGGCUUCCUGGCCUUCGGCUUCGUCCUCAUCACCUUCGCCUGCCACUUCUACGACUUCUUCAACCAGGCUGAGUGGGAGCGGAGCUUCCGGGAGUACGUCCUGUGCGAAGCGAACGUGACGAUCGCCAUCCAGACCAACAAGCCGAUCCCAAACUGCGAGAUCAAGAACCGGCCCAGCCUGCUGGUGGAGAAGAUCAACCUCUUUGCCAUGUUCGGCACCGGCAUUUCCAUGAGCACCUGGGUGUGGACCAAAGCCACCCUCCUCAUCUGGAAGCGCACGUGGUGCAGGCUGACCGGCCAGAGCGACGACGAGCCCAAGAGGAUCAAGAAAAGCAAGAUGAUCGCCAAGGCCUUCUCCAAGCGGAAGGAGCUGCUGCGCAACCCGGAGCAGGAGGUGUCCUUCAGCAUGCGCACCGUCUCGCACGACGGGCCUGUGGCUGGUUUGGCUUUCGACAUCAACGAGCCCUCAGCUGACGUAUCCUCGGCCUGGGCCCAGCACGUCACCAAGAUGGUGGCCAGGAGAGGGGCCAUCCUGCCGCAGGACAUCUCCGUCACGCCCGUGGCGACACCCGUGCCGCCGGACGAGAGGGCGAACCUGUGGGUGGUGGAUGCAGAGAUCUCGCCCGAGCUGGAGAAAAGAGCCAGCCGCAAGAAGAAGAGGAGGAAGAAGAAGGAAAUCUGCCCCCUGGAGCCCGCCAUCUGCGACGUGGGCUACUUCACCCCGCCGGCCCGCAGCGCCGUCCCUCGCCUGCCCAAGCUGCCAAGGCAGAAGUGCCUGGUCUCCAACCCCAGGGAGUCUCAGCUUGGGGAAGAGGUGCCGCCCCCUGGCUCCUACCCUGGCCUGAGGCUCAGCAUCUCCCAGCACGAAGGCCUCUUCCCCCGGGACAACCCCGGCAGGUCCAGGAAACACGACGCCUUCCAUCUGAUCAGCCACCCCUUCUGCCCCGAGACCGGGCCCCAGGAAGAUCUAGCCCUCGAGGGCAGCGUGAGGUGCUUCCUGGCACACCAGCAGCACAUGGGCUCGUUCCGGCCUCCCGCCGCGGGCCUGGAUCCCGGCCCCCUGCCCGGCGGGAGCAUCCCCUGCGGGCCGAGGACUCCUGGCAGAAGGGCGGGCUUCGCCCCCAUCCACUCCCAGACAAACCUCAUGAACGCCGAGCUGCUGGAUGCCGAUUCCGACUUUUAGGCCAGGAGGGACCCAGACCCUUUCCGUGCCUGGAGAAGCCCUGGAGAUCGCCUCAUCGGGACACAAGCAAUGGAGGAGCCUGCAGGGCUCCAGCAUACAGGCGUAGUGUUAAGGCUCACGCUCCACGUUCCGACCAGGGACGGUUUUCGCUCAGAGGCAGGUUCUUCUCUGCUGCAAACCUUGGCGCUUCCUUGGUAGCUUGUGGCUGCUUUUGAACUCGUUCCCCAUCCUGGGUUUCCUGGGCCCCUCCCUGCCGAUCUUCCCACCCGAGACAUUCGGCCCGUCCUGCCCGCGGGAGGGAGCCAGCCCUCGUCUCGGCUGGUUGAACGGCAGCUGGACGGGGUCCGCCAGGUAUUGUUAUUUAUUGUUCCGCGGGCGACGGAAACAAA